AUGCUGUUAGAAUACAGUGUCGAAAAACCUCUCAACCGAGAGCCACCUGUCAAAGAGCUUGUGAAGUCAUUUAUCACCAAAGCGAGCACUGCGUAUGACAGAAAUCAUGGACCUCUUCCCCAUAUCAAUGUCGACAGUCACUAUGUUCGUCUUGAUGGCGCCGUUUCCAAUGUCCUCGAGCUCUCGAUUGCUUCACUCAGAAAUGAUUUUAAACAAUAUGAAGUGAUUUCCGCUCUUCAGUGCGCUGGAAAUCGUCGCCACACAAUGCGCACGGAGCUGAAGGAAGUCGAUGGCAUUGACUGGAACGAUGGUGCCAUGAAUGGCUCUCCACUCAACAUAAAUCACGGUGCACCUGUUCGUAUAGUUAUGCCAGGUAUCCCUGGUGCGCGCUGGACAAAAUGGCUUGAUCGUGUCACAGUCCAGCGCCAGGAAAGCAACAACUUCUAUAUGCAGCAUGACUACAAGAUUCUCCCUCCAUUUAUUGAAACUCGAGCGCAAGCUAAGUCUUACUGGCACUUGGUUCCACCACUUCAAUCAAUGCCAAUCAACUCUGUCAUUGCAUAUCCUGCACGCAACGAAGUCAUUAAACUCGAUAAUCUCAUCAACGGAGAACUUGAAGUAGCUGGAUAUGCCCUCCCUGAUGGUGACAGUGGACCAGUGGUGAAAGUCGAAAUAUCAAUAGACCAGGGCAAGAGUUGGAAGGAAGCAAAAAUCAUGUACCCCGACGCCGCUGAAGUUGCGGAGGACGAUGGAGUGGAUAAAUAUAAAUGGGGUUGGUCAAUUUGGAAGUACCGAAUGAACGCCGAUGAUACAAGGCGUAUAAAGAAGGACACCAAAAUUUGGUCACGAGCGCUUGAUAGAGGUGGAAACCUACAAAAGGGGGAUAUCGAGUGGAACUUGAGAGGAGUAGGUUACAACGGAUAUGGUGAAGUGAAGGGGCUAGAGGUGAUUGAUCACGCCAUCAGUGAAUGUGAAGAACCUACGAGAAGGAUGGCAGAGUUAAGCGUGGGUGCUUAA